AUGGGCACCGUGGAUGCCUGCAGGGAGGCGUACCCGGGCCACGCCAACAGGGGGCGCGUCAGAGUGACGGGCGUCCCAACGCGCCCACAAGGUCACUGGGUGAAGACUGUCAAUCUGAUGGCAAAGACCUUCUACCAUCUGUGUUUCCACCCAUCCACCUACCUGUCCAUCCACCCAAGUACACACCAUCUACCCAUCCAUCCAUCUAUCCAUCCAUUCAUCCAUCCAUCCAUCCAUCCAUCCAUCCAUCCAUCCACCUAUCCUUCCAACCAUCCAUCUAAUCCAUCCAUCCAUCCACCUAUUAUCCAUCCAUCUAUCCAUCCAUCCAUCCAUCUAUCCAUCCACCCACCCACCCACCCAUCCAUCCAACCAUCCAUCCAUCCACCCACCCAUCCAUCCACCCAUCCAUCCACCCACCCAUCCAUCCACCCAUCCAUCCAUCCACCCAUCCAUUUACCCAUCCAUCCAUCCACCCAUCCAUCCACCCAUCCAUCCAUCCAUUCAUCCAUCCAUCCAUCCAUCCAUCCAUCCAUCCAUCCAUCCAUUCAUCCAUACAUUCACCCAUCCACCCACCCACCCAUCCAUCUACCCAUCCAUCCAUCCAUCCAUCCAUCCAUCCAUCCACCUAUUAUCCGUCCAUCCAUCUAUCCAUCCAUUCAUCCAUUCACCCAUCCACCCACCCACCCACCCAUCUAUCCACCCAUCCAUCCAUCCACCCAUCAAUCCAUCUACCCAUCCAUCCACCCAUCCAUCCUUCCAUCUACCCAUCCAUCCACCCAUCCAUCUACCCAUCCAUCCCCUCAUCCAUCCACUCACCCAUCCAUCCAUCCACCAUUCCUCCACUUAUACAUUCAUCAUCCAUCUAUCAAUCUAACCACUUGCCCAUCAGCCCUCCAUCCAUCCAUUCAUCCAUCCUUCCAUCAUCUGUCCAUUCAUUGCCUGGGCCGAGGUCCAUUCGCAGGGAUGGCCAAGAAGCCUCCGUGGGCCUGUCUGGCAGUGCCUCUCCUGCGGCCCAGCAGCACGUCCUUGGACUGCGGCCAUGCUCCCUCCAGGACGGCAGUGCUGGGAGCAUUUCUCAGCUGA